AUGCACAAAGUCUCAAUUCUCAACUCGUUGUCGAGCGGAGACCAUGCCCUAGUAAGAAUAGUUUCAAAAAACUCAAGAAACGUUUACCGAAAGUUUCAGACUGAAGUAAGAACUACAAAAAUUGAAAGCCUUCUUAGCUAUCUAGUCCUCCGAAAUGGGCCAGGGACAGUGAGAUUACGAGUUAAACAGCUUUUUAUAGUUAAAUGACAAUGAUUCAACCUAAGACCUCAUCAUUGAACUAUCAACUAGAUCGUAUUACCAUGUGAGGAGCCCAGGGUUCCCCCAGCCCCCAAGUGAUCACCCAAGUGGCGCCAGGGCCCCUUAUGUGAUCACUCGAGGAGCCAGAAACCUCCCGCAGGCUCCUACGGGAUCCAAACUCACCAAAAACGACAUCAUUGAACUGCUUCUUAAGAAAACGUUGUUCUCGAAACGUACUUUUCAAAGGCUAGAUCAGCUUAGCAUUCCGUUUAUAUACUUUCAUCCCAUUCCCUCGUUUCGAUUCUACGUCAGCAACUACUUUUUCUCGAUUUCAGGUCAUUUCGAUUUUUUCAGGUCACCCCUCGUUUCAGUUCUACGCCAGCAUCUACUUUUUCUUGAUUUCAGGUCAUUUCGAUAAUCUUCACGUACUAAAUUAAAUAAAAUCCACGUCAAAAGAAACUUUUAAAGAUUUUUGCUUUUUUUUGAGUCAACUGAUGACUCAACCUUUUUACCCCUGAUUCUAAAAGUUGGAAAACGGAACGAGGGUCCAUAUUCAGCAACUUUCAGCCCGCCCGUUUUCAGCCCAGAAGUCUUAUUUUUCUCUGGAAAACAGGACAGUUCAAAGAGUUAGUUGGAUUUUUAGCUUGAGGUCUUCAGAUUAUCGGAACUAUUCAUAAAAAGCGAAAAUGCUUUACAAAAAAGUUUUCAAUUCUGCUUGAUCUUGAGGUGCCGUUUGGAGGUCAAUUGGAUUUUGGUUUUCAGGUUUUUAAAACUGCGUAAAUUAUCGAAACGACUUUAAAUUAUAAGAAAAAAGACGCUGACGUGGGAAUGCAACUUGGUAAUAGAAUGAUAGUAUAUAAGCAAAGUGGUGAGCUGAUCUAGCCAUUGAAACAAAUCGUCAGCCAACAGCUUGCAGUUCAAUAUCGACCAGUGUGAGUUAAGAUCCCGGCAGAGCCUGCGGGAGACGUCUGGCUCCUCGAGUGAUCACAUAAGGGGCGCCACUUGAGGGACCACUUGAUGGCUGAGCUCCUCGCCUGACAGUACGAUCUAGUUGAUAGUUCAAUGAGUUGUAGCCUAAAGAAUCUUUUUCGUUUGAGAAUACUAAAAAGCUGUGUAACUCGUAAUCUUACCGCAGCUUGAGGCAAUUCUCGGAGCAAUGGAUAACUUGAAAAAAAAGCUUCCAAUUCAAAAAACUACCUUGAGAAUUUUCGGAUAAGCUUGUUGAUUGUUCUCAUCAACCGUAUGUAUCCUAGAGAUGAAUAUUUUUCCUUUUCGGCAUUUUUUUAAGCUUAGAUCUCUAUCCACCCGUAUUUUUGGGCCGAAAUUCGGAACUUCAGGGUCAUAUUUUUAUUUGUUCAUUUUUUUCAUAUUAAUGAACCAAAACCGAACCUUAAAAAAUUUUUUUCCAAAUGUCGAAGUUAUUUAAAAAUUACGCUUGGUUUUCACGGCCCAAGGCUUUUUGAACUUUUUUUCAAUUUUUUUGAGAAUUCAGAAACCUAGAUUUGCAGAAAAUUUCAUCCAUUUGAAAUAAUCUGUUCUGAUAUUUUCCAUUCCUUUUUUUUUGUUUUCGUUAUGAUGAAAUUCCAUUUGGAAAUGGUGAGUUUUCUGUUGGAACCAAGUUGAAAACAAAAAACUUUUGGAUAUUUCAACUUGGGCUAAGAAUAUUUUGACAAUGAAUGAACUUUUCUCUUGUGUUUCUUUCAAUCAAAUGACUAUUUUUCAGCCACGGACGCUUCGCCAAGAAUGAAGUGGAACCGUGCUGAAGGUUUGCCAAUUUUCGUACUUUUCCGAGUUCAAUGCUUUUUCGAUUUCAGGAAAGUUGAACCUCAGGCUGUUGCUCAUGAUACCGAUGCUUUACGCACUUCCUACUACUGCUAUCCGUUAGUAACUUUUUUUUUUGUUCUUCAUGACUGUAGCUCGGAUUUGCUCACUUUUCUUCGAAAGAAACUCAAAGUGUGAUUGUGAUGGUUUUUUUUUCAAACAGUUUCUGUUAGCAGUCCUUAUAUUGCAUUAACACAUUCUUCUAUGAUUUUUUUCACUUUCUUUUUUUGUUACUGAUAUAAAGGAGAUUGAUCUCGUGUUUAUUGGAAAACGAGACUCCUCGUCUCGUGCUUGUCUCGAGGAGAAAUUCACUUAACGUGUCUCGUCUCGAUUCACCGAGGCAGAUUUUGAAAAUGUCUCGUCUCGAAAAAAGACAAGAUUUCAUUUCAAACGAGAUAUUUUCGAGAGAUAAGCAGUACACAUUUUUGAAUAUUGAGUACAGUUUUGCUUUUCUAGAUUCUCGCAAGUUUUUGAAGAACUUUGAUGUUUACUGAGAGACAAUGAAUGUAUUUGAGUGAAAAAAGAGACAAAAUAGCUUUUGCAAAAUAAACCCCAGUUGAAAAUUCUGAACCAAUACAGACACAAUAUGAAUUGAGCAAGUAAAAUUAUCACCUAAAAUUUCAUGGAAAAAUUCGUCUAAUGCAGUGUCGAAAACAAAAAGUUAAAAAAAUUUUUUUAACAGCACUCCUAUUAAGAAAGUCCAAUUUCUCAGAAGAUUUUCGGAGAACGCAUCUUUUUUCACUCGAUUUUUCAAAGCGGGUCUUGAAAAAUUUCUCGUCGCGAAAUUUUUUUUGGAAAAACUCUUUAGUCUCGAUCUUGUCUCGGUUUCAAAAGUUCCAUCUCGCACAACUUUGCUUAGAAUUCGUCGUACUGAAAGUAGACUAGCAGGAGCCCUCAAGUCCACUGAAACACCGAAACCAAAAGCCUGUGGAACGACACAGUUUUCAAAAUCAUUUCUUGCUCUAUCGCAAGCAUUCACUACACCAAACCCUGUUCUAAUCAAUGAAGUUCCUGAACUUGCAGAAUCGUGCUGCAAGAAACCAAUUGUCGCGUACUCAGAUGUAGACGCUAUCCCACCUGAAUGCCGUUCACAGGUCCGAUGUACUGACGCAAUGAUCUACGCGGACCAUGCUCGAUCUCGCGGAGACGUCUCCUUGUUUUUGACCGCGGCACUGAAGACCAGUACAAUAACCUUAAUUGGAGGCCCGACAUGGUUCAAUGUUGAUCCGGAAGAAAUCGUUCACAAGGGGCCGGGUACGUUUCAUGCUGUACUGUAAUAAUGGAAUUCUUUGUAUCUGAAAUAUGAAUUCAUAAAAUUAUUGUACUUGGCCUGGCAUGUGGGAAUCUGGGGUUACAUAUCUUCUUUCGUGUUUUCAGACUGUUAAACUGCUUUCUCGCUUUCCAUUUCUGAAAAAAUCUCCUAUUUGAAGGUCCAGCGAUAACGUUGGUGAACGUCAGUUUGGUCCUGACUUCUUUUACUGCUUUAAAGUCGAUCGAAGUCCCUGACGUCUCGAUAUUUUGCAACGGCCGUGUCAAUUUGAUAGAAGUCGUGGGAAAACAGCCCAAUGAGAUACUGAAUCGUCUUUAUAAAGUAGGAAAUGCGGUGCGUUUUUUUCCUUGAAAAAAAAGAGAAUUAAAAUGUUUUAAGCUCUUUUCAGAAUUGAGAGUUGAGUUUUCCAGGGAAGGAGAAAAUUAGAAAGUGCGAAGUAACACACAAUCAAAUCAAUCAAAAUCAAAAUGUAUUAUUUCUCACAGACAAGUACUAAAUUUCGCGAAAUAGAUGUAGGUAGAUUUUGGGAACUUGUGGUGAUGGAGGGAAAAGGACUCGCGGUCGUUUUAACCCCUUACUUGAGUAAAUUGGAAUAACCUUAAAGUUAUUAUUUUUAAAUGUCGAUUAUGUAGCUUUCAUACUUUUGUUGGAUCAAGAGUGUUUAGUUCUGUAAUGUUGUUUUCAAACCAUUUCUCAAGAACUUAUUUUUUUCAGAUUCAAAUACUAUGUUUCUAUAUAAAUUGUUGGCGGCCCCUAUUUUUAGGAACAUGAAUCAUUUUUUCAAAGAAUAACGCAAAACAUUUUAAGAAAAUACGAUUUUUUUUUUUUCAGACCCUCAAGCCCUGCAAGUCAUGGAAGGCGACUACUCAGGCGUCUGCUCUCGGCGCGACCCAAGGAGCAGGCGUCCCGAGCUCGAAUUCUUCUGCGGUGAUCUCCCGAAUGUGCACCCAGAAGACAGACGCCGAAGAGGAAAAGUGCUCUAGCAACAGUGAGUUUGGACGAAAUUGAGUAAUAAAAACACUAGAAACACGAUUUUAGUGAGAAAAAUUGGAAGUUUUGGGAUAAAUGAUUAAUCGUCUUUGAUUGGUUUUAAAGGCUGUGAUUGUAGAAGUUUUGCGGUGCAUAAAUAGAACCAAGCCUUUUUUUUCAUUUUUCACUCGAUAUGAGUCCUUCGAAUUUUCCACAUAGCAGAGUUAUUUGGACUUUAAACAGACACGCUCCUCUACAUCGCCUGUGGAGUAAUAGUGGUCCUUCUGAUUGUGAGCGUCGUUUCGACGAUCAUCGCCCUCAAGCCCUACCUCUGCCGCCACAAAAAGGACCUUGUCCAAGCUUCUUUGGGUAUUGGUUUUUGUGAUAGAAAAAUUGAGAAGCUUGGUCUUCCAGUCAAACCGCAAACCGCUACUCCAUGA